AUGGACUACUACAGCGUACUCGGAGUCUCCGCCCAGGCUUCUACCGAGGAGAUCACCAAACACUUCAAACGACUAGCCCUCAAGUACCAUCCCGACAAAACCAAUCAUGACCCGUUGCUUACGGAGAAGUUUAAAGAGUUGAAUCGGGCAUACGAAGUGCUUAAGGACAAUCGUCUACGACAGAUUUACGACACCAAAGGCGAAGAGGGCGUCCGCCAGGAGGAAGCACCCCCACCCAAUCAUCACUUCACUCAGGGAGCUCUGGCGUUCUCUGCUUUUACCCAAGGAAGUGCCCAAAAUAUAUUCACACAAAUCUUUUCGGAUUUGAACCUGAUUUUCGAACAAUCACAAAUCCCCACAUACGAUUUUGGUGACAUGAAACGACAUGUGGAACCAUUGGUGCUGGAUAUGCCUCGGCAAUACGAACAGGGCAAAGACAUCCAUCAUACUUGUCAAGUUGAACUUGGCGAUCUAUUCUACGGGAAGCAAAUCAAAUUGUCACUUCCUAAACGGCUGAAAUGUGCCAGCUGUGAUGGUCUUGGUGGUGUCAGCCCCAAAACUUGUCGUGGGUGCCAAGGACUGGGUAAAGUGAUUAUUUCCCAUUUCAAUGAGUUCUCCCAAAUGAAGCAAGUAGGCCUGUGUCGUGCUUGUCAUGGGCGGGGAUUUUACAAUCCGCCAGCUCAAGCUUGUGAUGAUUGCAAGGGGGCUGGAUACAUUAAGGAGAACAAGGUUCUCAAAGUCAAUUUGCUCCCCGGUUCACGCAAUGGGGACAAAAUUUACUUACGCGGGGAAGGUGACGAAGGUCCAUUUCUUAUCCCGGGUGAUGUAAUUAUUCAUAUUUGUGAACGUCCACACAAAUUCCUUGUGCGGCGUAAUAAUGAUCUAUUCAUGGAAAAAGAAAUCGAUUUAUCCACCGCCCUUUUAGGUGGAUCGAUUUACAUUGAUGAUUUUGUUGUCGAUGGCCAAGCGCUUCAUAUCGAUAUUGAACGCGAGCAAUGCCCUCUCCAAAGCGGCGAGCCGAAAUUGAUCAAAGGCUACGGUAUGCCGAUCAAUCAAGCCACUAAGGGCGGUCAAAUCGAGCAAACAUUGGAGGACGUCGACUUCUUCAAGGAUGUGGCGUUCGACAUGUCCAAGUACUCUCGGGGUAACUUGUACAUCAACUUCACGGUGAAAAUGCCGGAUCUCAAUCUGAUUUCCGAAACAGACGCCACCGUGUUAUCCCUGCUUUUGGGAUCACGCAUACAAACGCCAGACCACGGCCAGAUCAUUGGCACUGGCGCAUUGACGAACUUAGACAAUCACAAGCGUCGACGUUUGUAG